AUGGUGAACAUGGUAACAGUUGCUUUGUCAUUGGUUAGUUGGACAACGAAGAAGGCUGGUUUUAUGGAGCCUUGCACAGUGGAGAUAGAGGCAGGUACAGUUAUGAGAUUCUGGGUUCCAUCUCAUUCUCAAACCAUUUCAAAAUCCACCAAACCAGCCAUUGUUUUCCUCCACGCCUUCUGCGCCGACGGACUUGCGAACUGGAUGUUCCAAAUCAUCAGCUUAUCCAAAAACUAUGCUGUUUACGUGCCCGACUUUAUUUUCUUCGGUGGCUCCACGACAGAUAAGCCCGAUCGGUCACCGAGUUUUCAAGCCGAGUGUUUGGCGAAGGGGUUAAAGAAACUGGGAGUGGAGAAAUGUGCAGUUGUUGGAGUCAGUUAUGGUGGAAUGGUGGCAUUUAAAAUGGCUGAGUUGUACAGCGAGCUGGUUCAAGCAGUGGUUAUAUCUAGCUCAGUUUUGGCUAUAGAAGAGUGUAUGGUAAGUAGAGCAGUGGAAGAUGUUGGAUUUUCUUCUUGUUCCGAAAUGUUAUUACCAUCUUCUAAUGAAGGAUUGAGAACACUUCUUUCAAUUGGUGUGUACAGAAACAUUCAGUUUCCCAACUGUAUGCUCAGUGACUUUCUUCAGGUUAUGUUCUCGAAUAGAAAUGAACGAAGUGAGUUAUUAGAAGCUUUAGUCAACAGCUACAAAGACAUCCACAUUCCAAAAUUUUCCCAGCCAAUACAUCUUUUAUGGGGUGAGAAAGAUAAAAUUUUCAAACCGGAGAUUGCACACAAAAUCAAAGAGAGGCUUGGAAAUAACACAACAUUUGAAGUAAUAAAGAAAGCUGGUCACUUAGUGAAUCUGGAGCGACCAUGUAUUUACAAUAAGUGUCUAAAGAAGUUUCUUUCUUCUGUUAUGAUUGAUGGAAAAAAAUAA